AUGGUCAACUUCGGACCGAAGGAAUCCGUGCCCGAGCGAUUUCGCGAUCGCAAUCUGCACUACCACAACCCUACUGUCACACUCAUGCGAACGACAAAGGAGAACAAUCUGCAGAUAGGCAAGUUCAUUGGAUCGCAACUCAAGACACACAGCAAAGAUCAAAGCAAAGUCAAAGUACUGCUUCCCAUGAAAGGCGUCAGCAUGAUCGAUGCCCCUGGUCAACCUUUCCACGACCCGGAAGCCGAUACUGAGCUGUUCAAUGCUGUCAUUAGCGAGCUAGACGGGACCGACAUUCUCGUCGAAAAGGUGCCCGACCAUAUCAAUGACGAGAAGUUUGCUGCGCAGGUCGCCGAAGCUUUAAUGACCAUGCUGGAUGUCGACGUUGACCCGAGAGCAAAUCGCUUGGCAAACGCGAGACGCCGAAAAUGGAGCUUUGACCACGGUGCAACGGUGAAUGUGAUCAGGAGAAGCAGUACGAUGGAGGUCCCAACGGUCCUUGAGGACUGA